GUGGUUUCUUGAUCGACGAUCGUCAUGCCCGAACCAGCGAAGUCUGCUCCGAAGAAGGGAUCUAAGAAAGCCGUGACCAAGACGGCUGGUAAAGGAGGCAAGAAGCGCAGAAAGUCUAGGAAGGAGAGUUAUGCUAUCUACGUGUACAAAGUCUUGAAGCAGGUCCACCCCGACACCGGUAUCUCUUCCAAGGCUAUGGGGAUCAUGAAUUCUUUUGUGAAUGAUAUCUUCGAGCGCAUCGCUGGUGAGGCUUCUCGUCUCGCUCACUACAACAAGCGUUCAACCAUCACCUCCAGGGAGAUCCAGACUGCCGUGCGCCUGCUGCUUCCCGGUGAGCUGGCCAAACACGCCGUAUCUGAGGGUACAAAGGCCGUCACCAAGUACACCAGCUCGAAGUAAAGCGUCAUAGUGCGACUUGACUAACCCAAAGGCUCUUUUAAGAGCCACCUACGUUUCCACCAAAAAGAUUUUCUAUUGUGUGACUGCAUGUACGGUAAAACGAGAAAAGAGGAGUUCUAGCUGAAGUGGUUGUGGUGUUCUUGUGCGCUUUGCCGUCGUCUCUGUUCCCCUUUUCUGCGCGUUUUACUAGUUUACUUUAGUAUCCUUUAUUCGGCCGCAUGGAGCUUGUAAUUUAAACCAAACUAGUCUUGUGUUAACAAUUUUCAUCUUGCCUAUUGAAGUGCUUGAAAAUGAGAUUUGGAAACCUGUUAACCCUCUGCUGGGUCGCUGUGUAAUGAUACCUUUUUUUUUUUUUUUCUUUUUUUUUUCCCAUGUAUUUGAUCACUUUAUAUGAUUGUGUGUGUGUGUGUGUGUGUGUGUGUGUUAUUGGCUCUGAUGUAACCUGCAAGCAUGUCAAGUCACCUUCCCAACUGUUGCAAUCUUCAUUGCCCACAUCAUGACAUUAUUUCCUGUUGUUACAUUUUAUUAGUAGCUAUUAAUAUUACUUUCACAUGUUUUGCCAUGUUUGUGGUAGAAGAAGCCUAGUCAUCUGCUGAAAAAGGUUGAGAUGUUUAGCAUUUACCCACUCCUUGUACUGCAUACAGAGGGCAGCUAUUAUUUACAGGCAACUCCUACCACUUUCAUAGCAGUUUAUUCAGCCCAUUCUUAAUGGUCUAGGCCUACGUGACCCCUUUGCCCCACAGGUCAUUUGAAUAUGUGUAUUCUGGGAGUGCUAUUACUGAGCCACAGAACUGUGACUCAAUCACAGCAUAUGGAAAAAAAAUCUCACUACAAUAAAUUAUUUUUUAGCGCUGACCCACUAAACAAACCUUAUGUAUGUUCUGUAAUGUAUGUAGAACAUUUUCUGAAUCAUGUCAUCAAUAGGAUGUUCACCUAAAAUGAAAAAUCACAAGGCAAGUUUAUCUAUUGCCAUUCAAAAUGCACAAAGCAAUACAGAAGGUAAGGGUUAAACUCAUGACAGGGCCUCACAAAAACUAACUUUCUCUGCUUGUCAUUAGGGUUCUGAUGAAGUUAAGGAUUGCAUCCAAUUGUUUAUUGCACUAAAGAAGUUAGUUAGGAGAAAACUGUCCAGAUAAGCCUUUGAGUGAUAUUCUGUUUGGGAGUAGGCUACACAUGUGCCAUACCAUAGAAGUGUGGCACUGGAAAUGUUAUUGGGGUUUGCAAGAAGGUAGAGCUCAGAAAGAGAUUAGGCUAAUGCAUAAUUUAGGGUUAUGAAGAAGUCAAGAUAUUUCCCAUUAUGGUUAAAGAGAAUUUGGGGUAAUCCAAUUUAGGGUUCUGAUGAAGUUAUGGUAAUUGACUUUAGGUUUAGAGUGAACUUGGAGUUAUUCAAAUGAGGUUUCUGAUGACAUCAGGGUAAUGCAAAUUAGGUUUAGAGUGAACUUGGGGUUAUUCAAAUAAGGUUUCUGAUGACAUCAGGGUAAUGCAAAUUAGGAUUAGAAUGAAUUUGGGGUUAUUCAAAUGAGGGUUCUGAUGAGGUCAGGGUAAUUCACUUUAGGGUUAGAACUUGGGCCCCCAGCAGUGAUGUGAGCUCGGAUACCUGACGGUGCUCACCUGGUCGCUUCCCCUGAGGAGGUGCACCUGAUGCCAGCCCAAUAAGGACAGCCACCUGACGAGGAGCACCAGGUUUGGGGGCUUCCUUUGAUAAAGAUUAUGCUGAUUAGACAGACACUUGGCUGUGGGAGUCGAAUGAGGAAGGCAAACAGGAGAGAAGUGACAAAACGGUAAAUUAUGUACAAGUCGAAAGACAAAGGGGGAUUAGGUGGAGUUGAGUUAGGUCGGAAAUUAAAAAUUGCCUUUUGCAAAAAUGUAACGGAAGCUAUAUUUCGGAAACCAAUUUGGGUAGGAAAUGUAAAUCAGUGGGGGGAAAAAAAGAGGCAAGUCAAGGAACAUGCUCCUUAUUUUAAAUUAGUAUAUAGAGAUUUUUUUUGUUUAAAUAUAGGCAGCUUAAUAUUGAUUGGAAUAAGUCCCCAAAUAAAAUGAUAUAUAAAACAAUACAAGACUGUGAUUUUGGGGGAAUAGUCAAUUAUAAGGGUCUGACGGUGACAGAAUGUGAAACCUGUGUUAAAAAUGUACAGUCUAAAAGUAUCUCAGAAAAUGUUCGAGAUACUGCAUGGCUUAUAUCUGUUGGAAGACUGCCUGUACGAUGUAUUGUCAAAUGGAGUUGUUUUGUUACAACAAAGGAAUGUCCGAUGUACAAUUGCAUAGCCGAUGAAACGAUAGAACAUUUAUUACUGCAGUGCACAAGGACUAUUGAAAUUUGGGAGAAAAUGGAAGGUAUUGGGUUUAAAUGGGGUCGUAACAGGAAAAGUAUUAUGUAUGGAGUGUUUAAUGAGAAUUUGACUGAGAAUGUGAAGGAUGAUUAUUGAGCAAUGUAUAAUACAUGCAGAAACAGUAUUUAAACAGAUCGUGUGAGUUAAAAAGGUUGAAGACGAUUGAUAUGAGAGGAAAAAAGAAAUUUCCCUGGACUCUUUUGGACAUAUAAAUGGAUGAUGUAUACCUAAUUUUCAGAUGUAAACGGUAAUGUUAAUUGUUAAUGUAUAGAGUGAAGGUAGUCUGGGUCCUCCGGUGGAUAUUGUUUGUGAGGUUUUUGUAUUGGU